CUUUCAGGACGUAUUGUUAACUAAUAUGGCGCUACCUAUAAAUCAAGAAGAAUAUGGUAAUUGAGUUAAGUGGGAUGUUUGAGGCUGUAAUUUUACGUUAAAGAUAUGGAAACCGUGUCAAACAACUGGGGUUAUUCUGGUUCACAACAACCUCGUUCAUCAUCUUCAUCAUCAUCUUAUCUGUUAUCAUCAACGACAUCAUCAACCUCAACGUUCAUUACACCCAACACACAUGAUUCUUCACCUUCGAUAGCUGAUCAAACUAAUGCAACUGGUAUUACCUCCACUUCUGUUACUACAACCACUAUUACUACUACUACGUCGAACACAUCUACGUCUGGGAAAUCAACUUAUACACUCGGAAAAGAAAUUGAAAUUGAAUUAGGAAGUGGUGUAUCCGAAGAAGAUACAAAAUUAGCUAAGAAUGACAAAAAUGCUGUUGAUUUUGUAUUUGAUUAUUGUAAAUUAUGGUGUAAAACAUGUAAGGAUUUAGUGUUAACUUUAGAAAAACGUGCAACUGCUGAGAAUGAAAGUACACGUAUUAUUAUGAAACAAUUUCAAAUAUUGGAAUCAAGUACAACUAAUCAGAAUGGUGCACCAUAUAAAAAACAAACACUCAAUUUAUGUCGAAUGAUGAUUGAACAUUGUAAAGAAAUUGAAGCGAAUAAUUCCAAACGAUGCAGAGAACUUUUAGAGGUAUUAAAUCGUCAACGUACUUUAUUUGAAAAAACCAGGAAAUUUCUUAAAGACAAAUGGAAAGCAGAUGUAAAACGUAUGUUAGAUGCUGAAAAUAGUUUGUUUAAAACAAAAACAACAUAUUAUCAACGUUGUCAAGCUGGUGUAAAAUUACGUGAAGAAUUAGCUACAGCACAAAAUCUUCUAAAUGAAUUAUCUGCUUCCCUUAUGCAAUCAUCGUCAGUUUCAUUUAGUGGUACAUCUACGUCAACAGGAACAACACCAUCAUCAUCAUUUUCAUCUGUUACGAUAAUGCCACCUACACAAACAAAUGUAUCAGGUCUACCUGUUUAUACUGCUGGGAAUUCAUAUUCAUCGAAUCUAAUGAGCUCAACUGCUGGAAGUAAUGCAAAUUUAACACAAGAUUUAAUGAAUGAUUCAAAUAUUGGUGAAUCAAAUCUAUCAAAUCCAACUUCAUCAUUAUCAACUUCUACAUCAAACCAAGUUGCUAAACAAAGAGUAAAAGUUGAACGAUUAGAAAAACAAUUAGGUGAUAAUGACAAAAAGGAAAUUGAACUGAUGUAUGCUUAUCGUGAAGCAGUAGAUAUUGCGAAUCAUCGUCUAUGUGAACUGGAAAAAAGCAAGAUUGAGAUUUUAUGCGAUACACGUUUAACCAUAACAAAAAGUGAUGAAGUUGUUAAAGAUUCUUUAGCGGAAUUAUUAAAUCAUUUGUUUACAACUCGUUCAUUAAUGAUAAAACAGUAUGAAAUGAUUGCAAAUGCUUAUCAAGAUUAUGUACCAUGUAGUGAUUAUCGUACAUUAGUUGAAUCACAUAUUCAAAAAGGUACUGAAUUUAUUCCGGAAAAAUAUCAUUUCGAUGGAUUUCAUGAAUCAAAAUUGGAUACAAGUCGUUUAACAAGUAGGUUGGGUAAAGAUUCCGGUGACUCUACUUUAGAUAUAUUUUCUGCACAUCGUAAUCUCCUCUCAUUACAUUCAGACUCUGAUUCUGAUACAGAAACAACAGAUUUGCCAUUAAAUACAACUGGACGAAAUAGUACAAGUCUUGGUGUUAUUACUGGAGGAAGUAGUAGUAGUGGUGGAAUCGGUAAUACUGCUAAUAGUAGUAGUAAUAAUAAUAGUCUCAGCGGUUGUGGAGUUGCAAGUGGUAUAGUGUCAACAAGUAGUAAUGUUUUAUCAACUAUUGUUGAAUUUGGAUCUAAUCUAUUUCGACCAGAUUCUAAAAAAUCAAUACGUAAUAAACGUUCAACAACAAAUAGUCUUAGUAAUUCAUCAGUCCCACCAAUCAAUCCGAUAGAUAAUUUAGAAACAAUAGCUAUUCAUGAAGCUAAUUUAGAAAGAGAAUAUUUAUCAGCAUGUUAUCCAGUAGCCAGAUGUAUUGCAGCGAUUGAAAAACAAGAAAAUGGUCUAGCAACACAUGGAAUUUAUCGUGUACCAGCGUCUAAAGCAAAAGUUUCUAAUCUAAUGGAUUUGUUACAAUCUAAUCAAUUAGUUAGCAGUGAACAAAUUCAAAAUGAUAUCGACUUGUUAAGUCAAGAACAUCCACUUACAUUGGCUAGUCUGGUGAAAACACAACUGAUUGCCUUACCUGAACCAUUACUCACAUACAAUCUUUAUCCGAAUUUUGUUGAACUUGGAAAGGCGUUUGACUUGGUUGAUUCAAAUAUAACUGAUGAACUGAUGAAACGUCUUCAACUAUUGAUUAAUCAUUUAAGUCCUGGUAAUCGUCAAUUAGCUGGAUUAAUUUUUCAUCAUUUACACAGAGUUGCUGAAUGUCAGUCGGAAAAUCAAAUGGGAGCUGUUAAUUUAGGUACAAUGUUUGCUCCAACAGUAUUACGUCAAAGACCUAAAUUUCAAGUAGCUAAUAUGAUGGAAUUCAUGGAUAAUAAAGGUCAGACAAAAGUUGUUGAAUUAUUAAUUGAUCGUGUUUUUCAAGUAUUUGGUUCAUCAGAACAAUAUGAUCCAAUCAAAUUAAUUACAGCGCAUAUUACAUUAAAUGAUGAUAAAACUACCAUAGCUGAUUAUAAUCGAAUGAAUUCAGCACGUGGUAGUAUUUCAUUAGCUAAUUGUGAGCGAUCUAAAUCAACUUGUAGUACAGUUGUAGAUAGUGUCCCUGAUACACCAAUGAAUAUAUCUAGUAAAAUUCAUACAGUUAACACUAUAACAACUAUCACUACUGCUACUACUGUUAGUACUACUACUAGCAAUAAAACCAUUAAUACUGAUAUACCAUCGUCGACAACUUUCACACUUGUUGGUACAACCAACAGCAAUACUACUCGUACUACUAACAGUAAUAAUAAUGAUAAUAUGAUCAAUAUUAUCAAGGAAACUACAACAACACUUCCAUCUUCUGGUUUAUUAAGAUCGGCAACAAUAUCUGUUUCACCGCAAAUUCGACCUACAGGAACCCUGCUUACUGGAGCCUUACCUUUAUAUACUCCAUAUCGACAGAAUCAAGGAUUUAGUAAAGACAAUGCAAAUAUUGAAGAAACUCCUAUUAAUACCAGUUCUGAUAUCAUAAUUUCUUCAUUACAUGGAUCUGAUAAACAUGACAAAAUGCAUAAAAGACAUAAUCCUGUAAUAUAUGAAAAAUCAACUAAUAUAAAAUCUAGUAUGAGGCUUCAAGAUUUAGCUAAACCAGUUAUUGAACCAACUAUCACUACAGCAUCUCAAAUAUCUAAUCCACCAACUACUGGAAUAGCCAUUACUACCAGUACUACUACUACUAUUACUAAUGUUAUUACUUCUACUAGUAAUAGUAUCAAUGUGAAUGAAGCUUCACCUUCAUCGUCAUCAUCUAUUGUACGUGGGAUUAAAAAAUUAUAUUCUUCAAGUGGUCAACAUUCGAUUUCUCCAUCUACAAUCGCUUCAUCGAUUACAACAUCAAAGUUGUUUCACUCAUCUGACAAACAAAACGCUCCAAAUACAUCAUCUACUGAUUCUAAUACAAAUACAGCUUUGUCAAGUUUAAUAGUUGGAUGUCGUAAACCUAUUGGGCGAUUAUUGGCUUUACAUCAAACUACAGAGGCUUCAGAUAAUGUAUCCCCUGUGAAUCCUACGAAUUUAGAUCAAUAUAGUUUUAUUGAUAAUGAUUUGCCUGAUUCUUUAAAUAAUUCAUGAAUUCAAAGAAAUAAUGACUUUUUGUUUUCAUUGAUUGAAUCAUAAAUUGUCUUCCAUAUUCAAUGAUAUUAAUGCAUUUCAAUGAAAUCAUCCCUGAAUACACCUAUAUAUAUAUAUAUAUAUAUAUAUAUAUAUAUAUAUAUAUAUAUAUAAUCUCAUGAAUUGAUUCAACUCUCGUCUAAAUCAUCGGACAGAUUACUGCUACUACUACUACUACUACUGUUACUAUUAUUAUUGCCAUUAUUAUUAUUGCUAAAUCUCUUAUCAUUAUCCAUUCUCUUAUUGGAUACAUUUCAACAGAUAAAGAUCAUAUAGAUUUAUUUAUUUUUCACAAUUCAUUAACAUAAUCAUUCAAUAAUAAUAUGUCUUCAUUACAUUUUGUACUAUGUAUUGUAUUGUAUAAAUUUUCAUUUUAAGAAAAAAAGAAUGAAAAGAAAUUAAAGAAAAAAGGAAAAAAAUAAACAAGAUUUUAAUCAUUCAAUUUGUGAAACGUUUUUCUUUCUUUUUUUCCAUAAAAAAAAGAGAAAAAUGACAAACUAUUUAACUAAGAUCAUUCAGAGUAUCUUACUGUUAUAAUAAUAAUAAUAAUUAUUAUUAUUACUACUAAUAUUAGCCGUAUUUUAAUAGUCGGAUUAAAAGAAAAAGACAUUUAUCUAUCUAUCUCAUUGACUAUUUUAUAUGAAACUAUUCAUAUGAGAAAUCAUUCAAUAUCAUCUAUGCAUGUUUGUUUUACUUUAAUAAUACAGUGUGUAAAAUUGAAAUUUUCCAAAACAAAACAAAAAAUUUAAUUCACAAAUUCAAAUAAUAACAAUUUCCCGCAUUUCAAUGGUUCAACAUAUUUGUGUGUGUAUGUGUGUGUCAUUGUUUUUUUUGUAGUUGUUAUUGCUAUUGUCAACAUUCAAUUUCAAUUCUAAUUAGUUCAACUUCUAUUUAUCUAGUUUUUGUUUUAUUCUAUUACUCUACUUUGUUUUUAUUUACUUAUUUGUGUAUUUUAUCUUUGCACAGUAACAUCAAUAAUGAAUUAUUCUUUUUCUUUCUUUCUUUUUGUUGUUUUGGUUUUGGUUCUCUUCAUAAAAUUCUUCCCAUUUAAUUUAUUUCAUUGUUUAAAGUUUUAAUUGCACGUAAAAUAUUUAAAUUUAUUCAUUCAUUCAUUUAUCUAUUCAUUUCUCAUCGUUGCUCUUCUUUUUCUUUCUUUCUUUUAUGUAAUAUCAAUUUAAAACUUGAACUUAUUAUACUAAACCAAUAUGAUUUUUUUGUUGUUGUGAAUUGUACUUUUUUUCCAAAGAUCAAUAUCACUUUUCUUUUCUUCUAUGUUACAUAUUUAAUCGGAAAUCAAUAAUCAAUAUGUUUACAAUGAUAUAUUAGAAUAAUAAAGAUAAUUAUUGUUAUAGUGAUUUGUAAACAAUCGAUUGUUUGUUUGUUUUUGUCUAAAAAAAGAAAAGAAAAACAAAUCCCUAUCUUAUUAUUAUUAUUCAUUAUCAGAUUAUGAACAAUAAAAUAUAACUAUAAUAUUAAAUCAUUCUUUAUAUAUUAUUGAAUAUUCAAUAGGAUAAUAAGUGAAUAUCAGUAUUAUGAAUUUAUUUUAUACUGUGAAUCAAAUUAAGUAUCAUUAUUAAGGUUGGACUUGAUCACUUUGAAUGAAUUGAGCAUUGAGUACUUACGCCUGUUACUUCUCGUGAAGGAGCAUAGGCUACUCACUAGCAUUCACCAUUCAACCUUGUUCUGGGCAAUUUUUUCCAGAUCUUUCCAGUUGUUAUUUAUCCUUUUCAUAUUUGCUUCUAUUUCUCGAUGUAAUAUGUUCUUUGGUCUUCCUAUUUUCGGCUCCUCUUCAGGAUUCUAAGUUAACGCUUGCCUCAUGAUACCCCGUUAAUGAUUUCUGUAAUGUAUGUCUCAUCCACUUCUAACGUCUUUUCUUAAUUACCUCUUCAGUUGAAAGUUGGUUUGUUCUCUUCUAUAAAAGGCUGAUUAUGAUUGUAUCCGGCCAUUGGAUGUUGAGUAUCUUGCGUAAUAAUUAAUUACAGUACUUUCAUAAAGUAUGACUAUUAUUUUCAUCAGACAAUUUCUGUUAUUGCUGUGGGGUGUAAAUUCAUCUAGCCACGAGUCUUAUCAUUCAGUUUUGUAAGUCAAGUUAUUAUUGACCUUAUGUUAACUGUAGCGUUAUGUAAAUCCUACGUCAAUCUAUACUUCGAAAAAUUCGCUAUAUUCGUUAUCUUGAUACUUGAUAAUCGACGACAAUUAAAUCAAGUGAGAAUUAUGAUACAAUUGUUACUGAAUUUAUAUUUAAGCAAUUAAAUUAACUAACUAACGCAUACGGUUGUAGAUAAUAGGAUCAAAUUGUAAUUUCACUAAGUGAACGAAAUUGGACUGAAUUAAAAGUAAUAUUGGAUUAGUAUCAGAAAUCAAAAUCUCUGUAAUUGUGUUGGAUUUAUUUUGACAAUGACAGUAGAAUUGUGGUGAACUAACACUCAGGUGGGGAGAAACUAAUUUAUUGUUUAAUAUAAAAUUACAGAGUUCGUUUGUAAAAUAUGGAAACCAUACAUCAAAUACUUCAUUUGCAUAUCUUCCAUCAAUUGUCUCUUACAAAUUUAAUCGUUUUUGUUGUUAUAAAAAUUACUCUCUGUUUACACUCUUGUUCUUUUCUGUUCGAUUUUCUCAAUCUUCUGCUGCUAGGCAUUCCACUUCUGACUGGUGUUACAUGCUACUUAUGUCGACAGAAAUAAGUAGCAUAUAUCACAGAAUCACUAGGAUAGAAAUACAACAAUCAAUAGGACUCACAGAAAUCGCUUCACAAUCCAUUUUGGUACGUUCUUGUCAGAAUAGAGAGAAACUUUUGUGAUGAAUGGUUGGUUAUUAAGGUUGGUUGUUUCUGUUCCACAUAGUUGUCUUUGAGGCACGCAUUUUGACACGAUAGAAAGUAUGGAUAUAAUAUAUGGAGAGCGCAAUCGCGUGUAAACUUUACGUGUGAUGAAAUGUAUUGACUUGCUGUUAUCGUCAUUUUUAAAUCUGGUCCAUUUUUCUAUCUUAGAUACAGCAGCAGAAAUCAGUGUCAUUCCACUUACACUUGUUUGACGAUCAAUAAAUUAUGUUUAUGUGAUUCCUGGUAAUGUGUACAAUACAGCCAAAAUAAAGGUAUAUGAAAAACGAUUGCACAUUGUAAAUCUCCGUAUCCGACAUCAUUUUAACCAGUCACCUAUUACGCCAGACGUACACAGUAAAGUUCUAGGGACAGAUUUCAUGACUUCAUACAAUACGAUGGCUAACUUCAAACAAAAGGGAUUAGUAAAACCUUUGUUAAACAACAAGUUCACGACACUUAAUCAGACUGAUCCGUAUGGGUAUGCAAAUAAAUUCACUCUCGAUUUUAUUUCUUUUAUAAUCUAAGAGUACCCAGAUAAAAAUAAAACACAACAGAAUCCGAAACUGUUUCUCAGACGUUUCAGAGGUCCACUAAUCCGGUCUACAUCCAUACUAGUAACGUUUCCAUAGUCAUCAAUUACGCUGAUGAAAUGUAGACUCAAAGCAGCCAGACGAGAACAUUCCAUGGGCAUCUCCCUUGCACGUGGUCUCUAAAAAACACAACAACGGCUGGCGUUUAGCUUAUCGCGUGUCCCAAACUUUGGGAUCACCAAUUGUAGCGUGGCGUCGAGUUGAGACUAACUAUGAACACCGCUACCAAGAAACACGUGCCAAAUAGAUCAGAAGGCGUAGGAAGCUCGUUCCAAAUGACUCCAUAAAAUCCCCGAGAAGCCAAAUAUCAGAAGGCAAUUAAUGGACCAAGUCGAGUUAUAUUUGCUGGCGAUCUCGUGGCAUCGAAAGGAUACCGAGAUCGUGCCAGGCACAACCUUGGUUACAGAAGGUAACCGAAUUCGCGUGAAGUUACAAUCGAAGUGUCAGUAUAAGAAUGGAAGCACAAAAUAGCUGUCAUUAGCACAGUCAAACAAAAGCACAUUAAAACAAACACUGGUACAGUUGGUUAUAAUAAUAAUUGUUUUUAUUAAACCAGUCGUGUUCUCGUGAUAAAUGUGAGUCACUACAGGAGUCCCCGCUAGAAAGGGUUUACACUUUCGAUAAAUAGCGGUUUGAAUCGUGGGACUGAUCGGCUGACGAGCGAUUGUAGGACGGAAGAAUUGGCGAACAGGAAGGCGAUCGUUGAUCGUCGAGUUGCCAACGAAGGUCGUUUUCGGAGAACGGUACCAGGAGCGAUGUGUUGUAUUUAUUGCUUGAGUUGGCAUGCUACACCAGAGUGGUUUGUAUCCAGAAUCUGAAGAGGGCGUUCGUAGGGGUCCUGACCAGAAACGCUGCAGACGUAGGACGAAACCACGUUGAGCCAAAAGACCAGAAGCGACCGUAACGACCAAGUUCGAGACCAAGCGUAUGCUAAGCAUUCGAAACCAAUAUAUCGACUGAGUGCGUUGACAAGAGCGUGGGUGAUCAGGCCAGCUUUCGCCAAAGUUGACUGAAGUCGACGGAACCAAACGGAGAUGGUCGAAGGCGUGGGCUCAGGAAACAAAAAGAAAAUCAAAAAAGAGAAGAGUGUAGCAUGCGUGUAGUAUAGGAAUAAUCCUACACCGUAUCGGUUAUUGACUGUGCGACUAUUCGCGGAAGCGUACGGGCAACCGUACUCGGCGACCGGAACGUGAGACGGCAGUCUCGUUCGUAUCGCGUGAGCCUGCAAUCUCAUCCGAGGUCAGAGGCGGCGUGGUCUGCUGAUCUGGACGUGAGACCAUCGUCUCGUCCGUAGACGGUGCAGAUGACGCGUGCUGUUGACCGGGACGUGAGAAUGAGGUCUCAGAUGUAUCUAGCGUGGGACCUGAAGAAGAUUUAAGGAUCCCGCUAGGUUUAAUAGGUCUAGCAUUGAAUCUCAGGUUACCAGAUAGGGAACUGUCAUCGACGUGUGCUGGUUUGAGACGAUCAACGCUGACGAUCUCGACGCGUCCAUAUCGAUCAACCUUGAAGGUCUUUUC